UGAACUGGAACAGAGAGGAGAGGAGGGGCGCUGAAAGCCACAGUUUGCUUAGGGUUUCUCUCCCCACGCCGAGACAGACAAGUACUCCACCACACACACGACCUCCCCCACACCCAAACGAAAUUCACAAAUCCACCGGAGUCACGAACUUUCCGAGGGAGGAAAAAUCCCGUCAGAAAUCCGGCGCUCCAAAUCCCUCACCCGAGGCGCUCCCCGAAGCCCGUCACGAAUCCCGCAAAUCCGCGCUGAAAUUCCCCACCAAUCCUUCGCCGCCGCCGCCGCCGCAGCUCCACUCCCGGCUACAGCCCCCAGCCUCGCGUCGUCGCCGCCGCCGCGGUGGAUUUCUCCCGAGGGUUUCAUCUCUCUCACUCUGCUACUGCCGCUGCAAAUUGUUGCGACUCGGCAUCGGGGACCUCCUCGCGCCGGCAAGGCGAGGUCUCCUCGCGCAGAAACCCCCUCUCCUCGAGAGGCGUCGCGCUCCUCCGCCUCGACGCCGCCGCCGCUCUCUACUGGUACUGGAGUGGCGUGGGGCGGAGAUCCGUCCGGGUGUGGAUCGAUUUCCUUGUUCGUUGGUUAUCCUUCUUCUUUAUCGGGGAAGAUCAAUCUACGCAAGGUGUGGGGGCAGUUUCUUUCCCAAAGAAUUCGGGGGUUCAACUGAACCCCCAUGCCCCACGCUAAGUCCGCCCCUGUUGGUGGACUGGAUUGGUGGACGCGGCUGAUUUCAUCACGGUGCCACCCGUCAUGGAGCGAGGUGAGCCCUCGUUGAAGCCAGAAUGGCUGCUGCGCGUGCCCAGUACAGUAGCUGCCACCCUCCGGCCUGCAACUUCAUCCCACACAGAUGAUCAAGGCAUGGGUGCUUCAUCGAGAAACCGAUCAUCAGGGCGUGAUCGCGAUCAGAGCUCCCAACAGUCCUCUUCGCGGAGGGGUUCAGGCUCAAGUGGUUCAAGGCGGAAUGACCGGGAUGGUACAGUUAAGUCAAAAGGAUAUGCCAGUUUUGGAAGGAACAACAGGGAAAGGGGCCAAGAGAAGGAUCCAGAUGUCCGCGAUCAGGGGAGUAGGUUGGUUCAGCUAGAGGACCCCCUCCGUGAUGGCUUCGAGUCAUUUAGCUCAUGCAGACCUGAAAAGGACCGGCUUAACCGCACUCGUUCGAAGGUGGGCACAUCGAAUCGAGCAGUAGGAGUAAGUUUAGACAAUGGUGAUAUAUCUAGAAAAGAUACUGGUGGCAUCUCCUUUGAGCGUGAAUUCCCACACCUUGGUUCUGAGGACAAAAAUGGUAAGCAAGACAUAGGCAGAGUUCCAUCUCCUGGAAUUAGCACCCCAAUUCAGAGCAUACCAUUGAUCACUGUGCCUGAUGGCUGGAAUUCAGUGCUAGCAGAAGUUCCUAUACUUGGUGAUCCAAACAAUAACCCUGUUUCCUCAUCUUUAUCACCCGCUGGUUCCAGUAAACAGAUUGAAGUGUCCAACUCUGGGAGUGCAUUAAGCAUGGCUGAAACAGUGAUGCAAUCGCCAUUAAAGAUUUCCACUGCACCUCAGUUAUCAAUUGAUACUCAGAAGAUUGAAGAAAGAUCUAUGAGGCAGUGCAUUCUGAGACCUCUAACACCUUCAUCAAACAAAACUUCUGUAUCAAGUUCUUUGGAUAAGCUAAAACCCAAAGGUGCAAGAACUGGAGAGCCUAAUGGUCCUAUCAAGGUUGUACCACAACUGUCAAUACAGCCUUCUUGCAGCUCUGUUCGUACUCCAGUCAAAACUGAGCUUGUAAAGCCAUCACAAUCAGGAAACCUUCAAGUCCUUAGCCGUGAACAGAAUGGUACUGUAAAUACUGCCAAAGACUGUACCAGCAAUCCUGUGAGCCCUGUUCUAGGUCGAUCUUCUUCAAUGGAACCUAUGAGAAAGCCUGUUGUCAACCAAAAGAUUAAGGUUCUGACUAAUGUUCUUCCUUUGCAUCUGCAACAAGGUUCAUUUGGUGAGAGAAAAGCAAGUGCAAAGGACAAGCGUAAAUUCUUUGAAUUGUUGCGGAGCAAGUCUGUAAAUGGUUCAAGCACUACUAUUGAGUCUCCAUCUAGCUUGAUUGAUGAUCAGCAGAACACUUGUCUUGAUUUGUCCUUGUUUAAUUCUGGAGUCAAGUUUAUUGAAAACGGGAGUAGUUCCUGUGAAGAAGCAAAUUCUUGUGAGGGAUGUCAGCGACACUUAUCUGACAAUGAGGAAAUCAUUACGCCUUCAGAAUCUCAUGAUGUUUUAUGUGAGGGAUCUCUGGGGAUUUUAGUUGACAACAGGGAUGCCAGCUCUUCAUCAGCACUUUCUGACACAGAAGACGUGGUUUCUAAGAAGCCCCAGCCAUUUGAGCUCAUUGGAGCAGAGGGGGAGGAAGCCGAUCCUGCUCAAGAGUUUGAACACAUUGGAGCAGGGGUGGAGGAACCCAAUCCUGCUCAAGAGUUCGAGCCCAUUGGAGCAGAGGAGGAACUCUAUCCAGCUCAAGACAAACCAAGUCCAGAAGAGCUGGCUUUCCUGCGAUCCCUUGGCUGGGAUGAGAACGAAGUGGUUCCACCUCUUCAACAGGAAGAGAUUGCUGACUGUGUGAGGCAGAACGUGAGGCUGCAGCAGAAGCUUCAGGAAUGCAGGGGCUAAUCGCAGAAUUUGUGGGGCAACGUUACUGUGUCGUCACCAUGCUGAGAACUUGUGUGGACGUGACGCUGUGGCAUGAUGAGUUUUGGUAACUACCUGGUCAACCGACAUGGAAUGAUUGUCUAGUUUAGAAAAUCCAGAGUUUUUUUUUCUUAAUGCUUGUUCAGCAUCGUGGGGGGAGGUUUCAUGAGUAGAGCUGACAUUUUCCCCUGCUGAAAAGAGGUUUUAGGGUUUUUUUCUUCCUCAUUUUCCCAGAAGGAAUACCAAAUGCAAGUCUGUCUGGUGUUGGAGGCACAUAGGUGUGCGUAAGUGCGUUGCUCUGAAAGAAUAGGUUGUUUUUCUUUUUUACUUUCCAUGGCUUAUCCUUGUUUCAGAAAAAAGAGAAAGAGAAUGCUCGGUCUUAACAUGAAAAGGUGCACAGGAUUAUCAUGA